AUGUAUGUUACUGCAGGCUGCACUGUGGAAAGCAGUGGUGAAACAUUGUAUAUCACAGCACAUAAAGGGGAGUCAGUAAUGCUGCCCUGCCACUGCACUGACCUACACCCCACACCUCAGAGAUUCACCUGGAAAAAAUACAAGACAAACAAAAACAAAACCACAUGGGAAGUGAUAUCCAGUGAGAGUGGUCAGUACAGAAACAGAGUUCAGCUGGUUAAUGGUCACUCUCCAGGAAAUCUCUCUCUACUCAUAUCACACCUGACUGAAGAGGAUGGAGGAAGUUACCAGUGUAAAGUCAAAGAGAGUGGACACAUCUUCAUCAGACUCACUAUUGAAGACUGCACUCUGGAGAAGAGUGAAGCACUACUGCGUAUCACAGCAUGUACAGGAGGGUCAGUACUGCUGCCCUGCUACUGUACUGACCUACACACCAGACCUGGGAGAUUCACCUGGAGGAAAUACAGCACAAACAGAGAUACAUAUGAAGAGAUAUCCAGUGAGAGUGGUCAGUACAGAAACAGAGUUCAGCUGGUUAACGGUCACUCUCCAGGAAAUCUCUCUCUACUCAUAUCACACCUGACUGAAGAGGAUGGAGGAGAUUACAGGUGUGACCUCACAGGAACUGAAGGCACAGACAUCAGACUCACUGUUGAAGAAUCUCCACAGUCUCUGCCCUUCAUCCCCUUUGCCUUGGUCACUGUGAUCUUUCUCCACAUUAUAGUAGCUGUGGUCUAUCACACCAAGAGAGAUCUUACCAGAGUUCACUACCGUAAUGAUGGUGGGGAUGGAGUGGUCAGUCUGGAGUAG